AUGUGGACGAGCGCCCAGGCUCCUCUCUAUCUGUUCGCUAGCGCGCCGGUGUACAUCUACCGCGAUCUUGGCGGCCUCAGCUACUGGGUCUGGUUCAUCACGGCCAACCUGCUGGCCACAGCUGCCGUUGCUCCCUUUGUCGGCGCGCUCUCGGACCUGAUGGGCCGCCGCUACGUCGCCAUCACCGGAAACGUUACUAUCAUUCUUGGCCAAGUCAUCUGUGGUGCCGCGUUUAACAUGGCCACGUUUAUCGCUGGCAUGACAAUCACCGGAAUCGGCACCGGCAUCAACGAGCUGACCUCCCUGGCCGGCACUGCCGAGCUUGUCCCGCUCUCCCACCGCGGCUACUACAUCGCCGGCAUGGUCCUGACCAUUCUCCCCUUCAUGCCCUCGGCCAUGUAUGCCCAGCUCAUCGCCUCCCGCUCGACCUGGCGCUACAUCUCCAUCGUGACUUCGGUCUGGGCCUUUCUCGCUCUCGUCGUGACCGCCCUGUUCUACUUCCCCCCGCUCCGCGCUCGCGUUCACGGCUGGAAGGACAAGGUUGGCUUGCUGAAGAAGACUGACUUUGUCGGCGGCCUGCUGUCGAUCGCCGGGCUGGCUGCGUUUGAGGUCGGCAUCUUAGCUGGAGGGUAUCAGUAUCCAUGGUCGAGCGCGCAAACCCUCGCCCCCCUUAUCGUUGGCGUCGCCCUCAUCGCCGCAUUCGCCGUCUGGCAGCGACGCGGCACUAGCAACCCCAUGGUUCCCCGCCACCUCAGCGAGAAGCCCCGAGCCCUAGCUCUCACCAUGGUCAUCACCUUCAUCUCGGGCGCCAACUUCUUCUCCGUCUUGCUCCUCUGGCCUCCGGAAGCUUACAACGUAUACGGACACGACCCCGUUGGCGUCGGCAUCCGCGGGAUGCCCUUCGCUUUUGGGGUUUUCGGCGGCUGCGUCGCCUCGCUGGUACUCCUCUCGCGCACCCGCGGCUCCCGGAUCCGGUACCUGAUCCUGGCCGCGUCGGUGCUCAUGACGGCCGGGUGCGGCUGCAUGGCGCUCGCCACGCGCGACAACCUCGGCGCCGUGUACGCCAUCCUCUUCGUGGCCGGCGCCGGCGUGGGAGGCAUCACCAUCCCCGUCUCGACCGUGGCGACGAUCCUGUGCCGCCCGGACGCCAUCGCCACCGUCACCGCGCUGACCCUCGCCGUCCGCAUCGUCGGCGGCGCCGUCGGCUACGCCGUCUACGCCAACGUCCUCGCGCGCCGCCUCGCCCCGGAACUCGCCACCCUCCUCCCGCCCGCCUGCGCCCGCGUCGGCAUCGCCGACCCGGCCGUCGUCACCCAGGUCGUCCGCCUCACCGCCGCCAGCCUGGUCCGCGAGAUCCGCGACCUCCCCGGCGUCGACGGUGACCGCGCCGCCUGGGAGGUGCUCGUCUCCGCCGGCCAGCAGGCCUACGCCGACGCAUACCCCUGGGUGUACUACUGCAGCGUCGCCUUCGGCGGCGUCGCGGUCCUGGCGAGCCUGUUCCUGGGCGACAUCUCGGACCUGGUCGACGAUACCGUUGUGGCCGCCAUGUGA